AUGGAAGCUGGCAGCAUGAAGGGAAACAACCAUGUCUCUUCUCCUGAGAUGGAUCCAUCUAAACCCCAUUUGAUACCUGCUUCACCAUGUCUCUUUGAUUAUGCUAAUGAAAACAACAAGAUAGAGAGUGGUGCAAUUUCUGGUGCUGGCAUUGACAACAACACCACCUCAAAAUCAAAUCAACCCCAAGCAGUAAAUCCCAUUAUGGGUCUUAAUUCUGACCUAGAUAUGGAUCCAAGGAAGCUCAGGCGAGUCAUGUCAAAUCGGCUUUCUGCAAAAAAAUCAAGACAGAAGAAGGCGCAAUAUUUGACCAAUUUGGAAUUUCAAGUCAGAGCAUUCAAGGCUCAAAUAGCUAAUCUUCUACUACAAGUUCAAUUCUAUGAAAACCAAAAGUGCUGGAUAAUUCUGGAGAAUGAGAAAUUGGGCUGUGAAAUGGCAACGCUUAUGAAGCAAAUAUUACUCAGAGAAGGCUGUGAUGAAUUUUUAGCUGAAAUUGAGAAGAACAAGUUUGAAGUGAAUGCACUGAGGGAAGUCCAUACCAUGCAACAAGAACAUCUGCAAGCACUGAUGUCUAAGAAUGCGAAUGCUAGUCUGGAGCCAAUGCUGAAUGAUCAAGUCUCAAAUUAUUAUCAAGGAAAUGGGGAAGAAACUUCUGACUUACCACCAACUCAGAGUCAGAUAUGGACUGAUGUGCAAAAUGAGCAUGAAACAUACCUUAAUUUGGCCAACUACAUCGGAUCGGUGGAGAUUUCGACCCAUAGUGCUCUGAAUCCUAAUCUUAAAAAGUGA